AUGUUACUCAACGAGGCAUCAAAUGAAAAUGAUGAAUCCUAUUGUUAUCACUACCUUGGAGUGAUUAAAUAUAAUCUAGGACAAUACAAUGAGGCCAUCGAAUUUUAUCAAAAAUCUUUAGAUAUCAAAGAGAAAACUCUCCCUCCUAAUGAUCCCGACUUGGCGUAUUCCUACAACAACAUCGGUUCGGUGUAUAAUAACAUGGGCGAGUACUCGAAAGCACUUUCAUCGUAUGAACGAUCACUUGAAAUCCAAAAAAUAGCUCUCCCUCCGAAUCAUCCCGACUUGGCUGCUUCCUACAACAACAUCGGUAAUGUGUAUGAUAACAUGGGCGAGUACUCGAAAGCACUUGCAUCGUACGAACGAUCACUUGACAUCCGAAAAAUAGCUCUCCCUCCGAAUCAUCCCGACUUGGCUUUUUCCUACGGCAACAUCGGUUUGGUGUAUGAUAACAUGGGCGAGUACUCGAAAGCACUUUCAUCGCAUGAACGAUCACUUGAAAUCCGAAAAAUAGCUCUCCCUCCGAAUCAUCCCGACUUGGCUGCUUCCUACCUCAACAUCGGUUCGGUGUAUAGAAACAUGGGCGAGUACUCGAAAGCACUUACAUCGUAUGAACGAUCACUUGAAAUCAAAAAAAUAGCUCUCCCUCCGAAUCAUCCCAACUUGGCUUCUUCCUACAACAAUAUCGGUUUGGUGUAUGAUAACAUGGGCGAGUACUCGAAAGCACUUUCAUAUUACGAAAAGGCGCAAGACAUCUGGAAAAAAUCACUACCUUCAAAUCAUCCACAUAUUGCACUUGUGAAAAGAAACAUUGACAAUGUGAAAAAGAAAAUGUAA